CUGGAAAGUACAACAAUGUUUCUUUCACUGUGACGUUUUAACAAAAUAUUUAGAUUUAACAUACUUUGUAGAUUGUGGGAUUCCUCUUAUGUCCAAUUGCUCAUUCAGGAUUCAAUACACCUGCAAAAAUCGUUGAAACUUCAUAGUCUAUCAUAGCUUAAUUCGCAAUACAGGAUGUACAGCAGCUUGACGCUUAUUGGAUAAACAUGACAGCCACGAUUGCUGCGUUGAUUGGUUUUGGAGCUCUGUUUGUUUUUUCCCGUGCAGAUUGAAAGAAUGAGAGAGUAUGUUUUCUAAAAUAGGGAUCCUUACGGCUUCGGUACUGACUUGGCUCUGUGCUGCCCCUGUAAUGGGUGACUCCAAAGGUGUAACAACUAGUCUAACCGCAAAAUGGCCAUCAACUCCGUUGUUGCUUGAAGCAAGUGAAUUUUUAGCAGAAGAAAGCCAGGAUAUUUUCUGGGAUUUUGUGGAAGUUAAUCAAGAAAUUGGUCCCAAUGAACAUGGAGAUACUGAUCACUCUUACUAUCACCUGAUACUGAAGAGAGCCAGCCAAUUCCUCACCCAUCUGCAGCUCAGCAUGCUGAAGUUUGCCCUUUCUUUGCGUGCAUACUCUUCCACAGUACAGUCCUUUCAGCAGAUUGCUACAAAUGAGCCCCCUCCUUCCGGAUGCAAGGCUUUCCUCAAUGUUCAUGGUGAAACAACUUGCAAUCAAGACAGUCUGAACGCCCUGCUGGCGACCGCUUCAGAGAGGCCAAAGCCAUACCUGUUUAAAGGAGAUCACAAGUUUCCGUCCUCAAGUCCAGACACCCCUGUGGUUGUUCUGUACGCUCAGAUGGGCAACAAAGAGUUUUCCAAAUUCCAUCAACUCCUUGUUUCAAAGGCCAACAGUGGGGAGAUCACCUACAUCCUCCGACAUUACAUUGUGAAUCCCAGUCAAAGUAAAGUUUUCCUCUCCGGAUAUGGUGUUGAACUGGCAAUCAAGAACCAAGAGUACAAAGCCAAGGAUGAUACUCAAGUCCAAGGGGCUGAAGUAAAUGCUACACUGUAUGGCGAGAAUGACCCUGUUGAUGAAGUUCAGGGAUUUCUCUUUGGAAAACUGAAGACACUAUACUCUGAUAUGCAGGAGCAACUCAAAGAAUUAAGGAAGCACCUUGUGGAAAGUACCAAUGAGAUGGCGCCUUUGAAGGUCUGGCAGUUGCAAGAUCUUAGUUUCCAGACAGCAGCUCGAAUCCUGACAGCUCCUUCAGCCGAAGCUCUGAUGGUCAUGAGGGAUCUUAGCCAGAACUUCCCCAACAAGGCCAGAUCCAUUACAAGAACUGUGGUAAAUUCUGAACUCAGGAAAGAAGUGGAAGAAAACCAGAAGUACUUCAAAGGAACUUUAGGCCUACAGCCUGGUGACUCUGCACUUUUCAUCAAUGGCCUUCACAUUGACUUGGAUGUGCAAGAUAUUUUCAGUGUGUUUGAUACCCUGCGGAAUGAGGCACGUGUAAUGGAAGGACUGCGCAGUCUGCUGAUAGAAACUUCUGUCAUUCAUGACAUCUUGAAGCUGAACGUGCAGCCGUCAGACUCAGACUAUGCUGUUGAUAUCAGGAACCCUGCCAUCUAUUGGAUCAAUAACCUUGAGACGGACAGCAGGUAUGAUUCAUGGCCCUCCAGUGUGCAGGAACUCCUUCGACCUACGUUCCCUGGAGUCAUCCGACAGAUCAGGAAGAACUUCCACAACUUUGUAAUUAUAGUUGACCCCACAGACGAGAGCACUGCAGAGUUGAUAAAUGUGGUUGAAAUGUUCUUUAACAAUCACAUUCCAUUAAGGAUUGGUCUGGUGUUUGUGGUUGACAACUCUGAAGAUAUUGAUGGACUCCAGGAUACUGGAGUUGCUUUACUCAGAGCUUUUAAUUAUAUAUCAGAAGAAAUGGACAAUCAACAUGCUUUCCAGGCUGUAACAACUAUGUACAACAAGGUUCGGACUGGAGAGAAGCUGAAAGUGGAGAAUGUAAUUAGUGUUCUGGAGAAGAAAUAUCCCUACGUGGAAGUGAGCAGCAUUCUAGGAGCUGAUUCAGCAUAUGACAAAAACAGAAAGGAGGGAAGGAGUUACUAUGAGCAGACUGGUGUGGGCCCUCUCCCUGUGGCUCUGUACAAUGGGAUGCCAUACCAGCGAGAGCAGCUGGAUGCUGAUGAGCUGGAAACUGUGACUAUGCACAAGAUCCUGGAGACCACAAGCUUCUACCAGAGAGCCGUCUAUCUGGGUGAACUCACAACUGAUCAAGACGUUGUUGAUUUUGUAAUGAACCAGCCCAAUGUUGUACCAAGAAUAAACUCGAGGAUUCUUUCGGCUACCAGGCAGUACAUUGACUUUUCAAAAAUGAACAGCUACUUUGUGGAUGAUUAUGCAAGGUUUACUUUUCUUGAUACCAAAGAGAAGACUGCUGCAGUGGCCAACAGCAUGAACUACUUGACUAAGAAAGGAAUGUCUUCCAGGGAAAUCUAUGAUGACACCUAUAUUCGACCGGUUACUUUCUGGAUUGUUGGAGAUUUUGACCAGCCUUCAGGAAGGCAGUUAUUAUAUGACUCUAUAAAACAUAUGAAAUCCAGUAAUAAUGUUCGAAUUGGUAUGGUAAACAACCCUGCUGAAAAAGCAACGCCAGAGAACAGUCAUAUUGCGAGAGCGAUCUGGGCAGCCAUUCAGACGCAGACAGCCAACCACGCCAAGAAUUUCAUCACCAAGCUGUCCAAGGAGGACACGGCUGAGGCUGUGGAGUCUGGGGCAGAUGUUGCAGACUUUGCAGUCGGGGGUAUGGAUAUUGGCUUGUUUAAGAGUGCGUAUGACUCUCCCAAAGUAGACUUUCUGCUCUCCCAUGCUGCCUUCUGCAGAGAUGUGCUGAAGCUGAAGAAAGGACAGAGGGCAGUGAUCAGCAAUGGGCGGAUAAUUGGGCCUCUUGAAGAUGGUGAAGUCUUCAACCAGGAUGAUUUCCUCCUGUUAGAAAGCAUCAUUCUGAAGACUUCUGGAGAGAGAAUACGGAGCAAAAUUGAGCAACUGGGAAUAGAAGAUGAUCGUGCCAGUGACCUGGUUAUGAAGGUGGAUGCUUUACUCUCCUCUCAGCCCAAGGGAGAUGCAAGAAUUGAGUACAAUUUCUUUGAAGACAGAUACAGUGCAGUGAAAGUUCGACCGAAGGAGGAAGAAGUGUAUUUUGAUGUUGUGGCUAUAAUGGAUCCUGCAACCAGAGCUGCUCAGAAACUUGCUCCUCUCCUCACAGUUCUGAGCCAGCUGAUCAAUAUGAACCUUCGAGUUUUUAUGAACUGCCAGUCCAAGCUCUCUGACUUGCCUCUGAAGAGCUUUUAUCGCUAUGUGUUGGAGCCCGAGAUUACCUUCAUGGUGGAUAAUAGUUUUGCUCCGGGCCCAAUUGCCAAGUUCCUGGAUAUGCCUCAUUCUCCCCUGUUCACACUCAAUGUGAACCCCCCAGAAAGCUGGAUGGUGGAGUCUGUCAAAACACGCUAUGAUCUGGACAACAUUUACUUGGAAGAGGUGGAGAGUAUGGUGGCUGCGGAAUAUGAGCUGGAAUAUCUGCUGCUGGAGGGGCACUCUUAUGAUGUGAGCUCAGGUCAGCCCCCUCGAGGGCUGCAGUUUACUCUGGGGACAGCAUCCGACCCUGUCAUUGUGGAUACCAUUGUGAUGGCUAACCUGGGUUACUUCCAGCUGAAGGCUAAUCCUGGAGCCUGGGUUCUGAAAUUGAGAAAGGGAAGAUCAGAAGAAAUCUACAAAAUUUACAGCCAUGAGGGAACUGACUCUCCUGCUGAUGCUGAUGACUUAAUAGUGGUCUUGAACAAUUUCAAGAGUAAAAUCAUUAAAGUCAAGGUCCAGAAAAAGUUUGACAAAAUAAAUGAAGAGCUGCUUAGCGAUGGAAACCAUGACAAUGAUUCAGGAUUUUGGGAGUCCUUAACAAGGGGAUUUACUGGAGGUGCAAAGCCUGAUGAAGUGAGGCCGGAGAAAGAUGAUGUCAUCAACAUUUUCUCAGUAGCGUCAGGGCACCUUUACGAAAGAUUCCUCAGGAUUAUGAUGCUGUCUGUACUUAAGCACACCAAAACCCCUGUGAAGUUCUGGUUCUUGAAGAACUACCUGUCUCCAGCUUUUAAGGAGUUCAUUCCUUACAUGGCUGAGGAGUAUGGGUUCCAGUAUGAACUGGUUCAGUACAAAUGGCCCAGGUGGCUCCACCAGCAGACAGAGAAGCAAAGAAUCAUCUGGGGAUACAAGAUUCUCUUCUUGGAUGUGUUGUUUCCACUGGCUGUUGACAAGUUUCUGUUUGUUGAUGCUGACCAGAUCGUGCGUACUGACCUGAAAGAGCUGCGAGACUUUGACCUGGAAGGGGCUCCCUAUGGCUACACCCCGUUCUGUGAGAGCCGCAGCGAAAUGGAUGGAUACAGGUUCUGGAAGUCAGGAUACUGGGCCAGUCACUUAGCUGGUCGAAAAUAUCAUAUCAGUGCCUUGUAUGUGGUGGACUUGAAGAAGUUCAGAAAGAUAGCUGCUGGAGACCGCCUCCGAGGACAAUACCAGGGUCUGAGUCAGGACCCCAACAGCCUUUCCAAUCUCGACCAGGAUUUACCCAACAACAUGAUCCAUCAGGUGCCUAUAAAAUCCCUCCCGCAGGAAUGGCUAUGGUGCGAAACCUGGUGCGAUGAGGCCUCCAAGAAAUGGGCAAAAACUAUUGAUCUGUGCAAUAACCCACAGACCAAAGAGCCUAAAUUGCAGGCAGCAGUAAGGAUAGUGGGAGAGUGGUCAGAAUAUGACCAGGAGAUCAAGAAGAUCUACAACAAAUUCACAGAUGAGAAGGAGAAAGAUGCUGUUCCAGUCAAUAAUGACACUGCGUCAAGGGGCAAAGCAGAUCACAAUGGGCACACUGAAUUGUAACCUGUGGUCUCAGGAAAAGAAAAACUCCAACUCUGUUUAAAGAGUUUCUUUCUUUUUAUGAGAAGUUUGCAUCCCAGCAUACAGAUCUGCAAAGACGAAUAUUGUGUUGAAUGCAAUUUUCACAUUCUUUCUAUUCAAAUGGGUGUCUGUCUUUGUAAAAGUAAUUUGAAAGGGUAUCUAAAUCAAUGAUCAAUGGACUGUAGGUGCUGGGUAAAAAUCAAGAAAACUCAAAACAGACUGCUUGCCCAGAAGGGAUCUGCCUUUUUUUUUGCUUUCUUUUUUUAAUUUUUCAAUACAAUUGAACCCACUUUUAAUGCCAUCCACCUCAAUUAUUUUACAUAACUGCAAAUCUUCUAGCCUAGAAAUCAUUUAAGAGAAUACUGUAGUAAAACAAAGAACAGUGUCCAUGUUAGCAAUCUUAUAUUGAAAUCUGGAACUGGUAGGAGAUGCAUGUGUACACUGUAUAACUGGACUGAUUUUAAUACAUUUUUAUUCUGAAAAGUUGUACAAAAGUGCUCUCUAUUUGAUAACCUCAUAAUUUGGGUGUUGGAACUCAAAGUAAAAAAAAAUAUUUUUAAGGCGCAUUCCUUCACUGAUGAAUCUGUAGAAGACAAACUUAUGAAUGAAAAGCAACAUGCAUCUAAAUGUUUUGUGUAAAUUGUCUUAGAGCUGGAAAAACGAAAUAUUGCUUGUAUACAAUUGAGACCACGUUUAUGUGUUUAAAAAUACAAAAUGUCUAUGACUUUUGCACAGCAGUGUGUGUAUUUAUUUAUUUAUUUAUUUAUUUAUUAGAUAGAUAUAUACACACACGCACACUGCUGUGCAAGAGUCUUACACAUGUUGUAUUUUUCUACUUUGAUGCAUUAUGAGCAUCAACAAUUUACUCAAAGCCUCCAUUGGUGUUUCCUACUAUUAUAACAACAUUGACUUGCAUAAAGAAGGAAAAACAUUGAGUGAAAUAGCUCGCAUCACUCGAUUUUCAAGGUGUGGUAUUCGAAGCAUAAUCAACAAGUACAGAGAAACAUCAUCUGCAAUUGACAAACCCAGGACUGGAAGACCCAAAAAGCUGUCUAACAAGGAUGAGCAAUACCUGAAGAUAAUAUCCUUAAGGUAUAUAAAGAAGACAAGUGUUGAAUUGACAGCAGAACUGGCAGAAGGCACAGGUGUUUUUCCUUCUUUGUGCAAGUCAAGGUUGUUCUAAUAGUAGAAAACACUGGUGGAGGCUUUGAGUAAAUUGUUGAUGCUCAUAAUACAUCAGAGUAGAAAAAUGCAACAUGAUUAAAACUUUUGCACAGCACUAUAUAUACACAGUGAUGGGAAUAAGACUCCCAUUGCAUAGCAGUGUGAUCCAUUCUUAAUUUUACUAUGCGAUUUAAUGAGACACACCUGAGCUUGUUACCUUUACGCUGUGGCUAAUCAAGCUUGUAGUAAAACCUGGAAUGGUGAAACUGAUAUGCAAUGGGAGUCUCAUUUCCAUGUUUUUUUAAAAGUGUGUGUGUGUAUUAUAUAUAUAUAUAUAUAUAUAUAUAUAUAUAUAUAUAUAUAUAUAUAUAUAUAUAUAUAUAUAUAUAUAUAUAAUACACACACACACUUUUAUAGUAUGAAAUAUAUUAUGCUGUAUUUAAAUAUGGGUUUGUUGGGAAAUCUUACAGAUAUUCAGCAAACAUAUUUUUCUGUUUCUAUACAUUACUGUUGCCCAUGUUGCACAAACCCUGGUAGUACAACUUAAAAUUACCUGCUAAGUGGGCCUUGCAAAUGUGUCUGUAAUAGUAAAAUAAAUAAAUAAAUAAAUAAAUGUAAGCCAAUGAAACACAAAUACACUUGAGUAACUAAUUAAUUAAAAUACCACUGGGGAGUUAGGUUUCUGUUGGUCUCAAACUUUAGGAUUGGAUUUUUUUAAGGUGCAGUGAAGAAAUAUGUUUUGCUAAUUAAACAUUAAAGCUUCUCAUUUUUUCUACAGCUAAACAUUGCCAUUACCCUGAAAUUUAUUUGCACUAGUUUCACAGCUUUCUGAGUUUUUCCAGCAGUCAAUAUGCUAUGAUUUGAGUGCUUCGCACGUUGGGAAAAUGUUUACAUCUCAGGGUAUUAUUGAACAAUUGCUUUGUUUUGUAUAUGGUGGAUUAAAAGAGCCAACAAUUCAAUGGAUACCAGUUAAAUAUCUUGCCAAAAAAAAAAAACAUUUUACUUUGUACUUUUACACUGUAAUCAUAAUCUGUUGUUAAAUGUGCCCCUAAAACAGAUUUUGCUGUAACUGUAUCGGAUUUGGGACAUUCUGGACUGGUCACAUAAUGGCAGAAUGUAUGUGUAGUGCCUUGUCAUGAAAUAUUAAUUGUAUCAAUAAUUAUAACUUUAAGUAAUGACAUGUUGAUAUUAAUGAAUACCUUACCCAUUUAAUAUCCUAUUACUGUUUCAUGUACUGUAAUUCUGAAGUGAGGUAAUUUUAUUAAAUGACCACUAUGGGUAUGCAGCUGCCAUUAUGUAUAGAGAUUUUCCAUUUACUUGAGGGGGCAGAAAAUGGAGUUGCACACCCCUUGUGGGCAUUUGUAGAACCGCCUAACUUCAAAGGUUCAGCUAAUAGGGUUGUUUAAAAGAAGCCACUGUGGUUGAAAAAGUAUAUUCGUUAAUAAGCCUGGUAAAUAAAGGUGUAAGCAUCAAUAGAGAACCAUGCGAAACACACAACAGUACAGAGUGCUUCUAAUGCAAUGGGCCAUUUUGUUCUGAUGCUGGGGGGGGGGGGGUGAAGGGGUUUUGUGUCCCAGUAAAAAUGCAGCUUUCUGCUGUGUGUGUGUUGUGUGUGUGUGUUUUUUUUCCCCCUUUCCCCUCAAUGUUAAGAGAAAUGUUGGCUACAAAAAGCCAAACCAAUAACACCAGCAUCAGCUGCAUCACCUUUUAUUUUUUACUCAACUGCAUAGAAGAGUGGUCAACUGACUUUAUAAUCUUUACCUUAUAGCAAUUGACUUUUUAUUGCUAAUAUGGUACCAGGCAAAAUGAAAAGGCUUAAUUGGUUUCAAGUGUAAAUAUACAGUAAGGCUUAUUUAAUUAUUAUUUUUUUUUAUUAUUAUUUUGUUUUUAUUUGAAGUCACCUUGAUAAACCCGUUAAUUAAUGGUGGGGUUUGUCAUUUAGGUCCAGGUACUAGUUUGUGACAGUUAGGUCAUGAAAUUCAAUCUUAAUCAUCUAUAUCUGGAACAGUAAAUUGCUGAAAUGCCUUCAAGAUGCCGCUGAUGCUUUAAACAAAAUGUGGGGCUCUGGUAAUAAAAGCAUGUUGUAUCUUAUAGUAUAUGUAAUAAACCUGUGACCAAACUUUUUUUGUUUGUUUGUUUUUCAGUAUGUAUGCAAAAAUGUUAUACAGCUAUGUAAUGAAAUGCCAUAGGAAUUACAAAGUGCAGCAUUAUUAGAGUAAAGACAUAAUCUUGCCCCAAACUGCUAUACGAUAGAGUUUAAUGAGAUGUGCCAUUCCAGCUGGAAUUUCCUGGGUAACUAAUUUUGGUCUAAAAAGCUAGUUCUUUUGCUUCUAACAUGCAUAUAGCCAUUUGUUUAUUAAUUUGGUUUGUUUCGAGGCAAGAUUGAUUACUUCUGAAUCAUCCAUGAAUUUUUGGCUUGAUGUAAUGUUACCUGUGGAAUUUUGAUGUUUUGUAACUGAAAUAAACCCAUCUUCCAAAAAUCA